UUCUACUUCAAAACAUAACCUCCAAAUUUUUUGUGAUAAAUUUAAAUUAAUACAAUUUUUUCAUUUCAUUAAUUAAUAAUUCAAUUCUAGAAUGGCAACAGCACAAAUUGUCGAGUUGAAUGAAAGUAAUAUUUGCAAACUCUGCCAAAAUGCUCUAGGAAAAUACGUUUGCCCAAAAUGCAAUGUUCUCUACUGUUCCUUGAGUUGCUAUCGAUCAGAGGCACACCAGUCUUGUUCAGAACAAUUCUACAAAGACAGUGUGUUCGAAGAACUGAAACUGAACGAAAUAAACCCUGCGGACCAAUUGAAAAUGGCAUCGAUUUUGAAGUCAACUCGUAACGAUACUGAAAUCUCUGAUAUCCCUCUCUAUCAAGAUGACGGUGAAAACUCUCCGGUGGAAUCAUACGAUUCAGACGACGACAAAGAUACAAGGAGUUUACAAGAACGUUUAGCAGGUAUCGAUUUAGAUGAUCCUGAACAAGUUUGGGCUAAUCUUGAUGAAGACGAAAGAAAGGAAUUCAUUGCAUUAACUCAAGAUUAUAAAGCCAAAAAUAUUGUGCAGUGUUGGAAAGCAUGGUGGACUUAUUCUUAUAAUACAAAAGUGCAGGAAGUAGGUUCGAAAUCUAACAGUUACCAAAGUAAAUGUCCAAAAGUAGGCGACAUCUCGAAGUUCAAAGAUAUUUGUAAACAAAAUACUCAUGUUAGUGUAAAGUUCAAUUUGUACAACAUAUUGGCUGGUUAUGCCUUUGUUACAAGAUAUUUCAAUGGAGAACACCUCUUGUUUCCCAAGGAAACCAUUAGUUUUAUAGCUACUAUUGCACUCAGUUUGAAAUCACAUCAAAAUUUCUUAGAUUUUGCAUCUGCAAUCAAAUCUGUGGAGAAUAAAAUUAUGGAGAAUGAUUGGAUUAACUGUGAGGUGGACAGCUUAUCAGAUAUGUCUGAUGAUUUGGAAAAAAUUAUAUCUGGACCAGUAGAAAUGGAUCCUAAUUAUUAUAUUGUGGCUGCACUCUGUGAUAUUCAUAAUUUACUGAAAAAGUCAAUAUGUAAGAAAAAAGAGAACGAAGAGGGUGCCAUGUCCAGUGCUUUGAUUGAGGAACAUUUUCCAGUGGGAAAAAUUAACACUCUGAAAGAAAUGAAGCUUUACAUCAAGAGAAUAGAAUACUUCAUGUCAUAUGUGCAAAAUUUCUACUCAAAAUAAAACAUAUAACAAAUUUA